GAAAAACCAUGAAAUAAAAAAUAAAAAAUAAAAAAUAAUUAAGAAAAAUAGAAGAAAUCACCAUUGAUGUUAAAGUGGUGCCAGCUACCUAUAACUAAAAGUCUAAAAAACUCAUACACCAAGUGCUAAUUAAACUAACUUAUUCAGGUUUGUGAGCUUUGUUUUGGGAUCUACAAGAAAAAAAUGGAAGUAGAGAAGGAGCAGUAAUUGCUGAGUUAACAGAGAUGUUGAAGUUAGCUGUUUCCUUAAGCCUUAUUUGGGCAUUGACUCUUCUCUAUGGAGAGAUGUUCUCAUUUUGGGUCCCUUUUCUCUCAUGUUCUUGGCCUCAUCCUCCUUCUUCUUCUUCCAUGACAGAUGGAGUAGAUCAUCAACGUGAUUACGUGAAAAUUGCUGUUCUGACUGAUCCGCAGCUCAUGGAUAGAACCUCUCUUCAUCUUGCCCCGAAAUCCUUUGCACUUGAAGCUGCUCAGUUCUAUACAGAUCUGUAUAUGCGCAGGGCAUUCCUAUCAUCUAUUUUACCUUCCAAACCAGAUAUAAUUCUGUUCCUAGGUGAUUAUUUCGACGGUGGGCCUUUUCUUUCUGAUGAAGAAUGGCAGGAAUCCCUGAGUCGGUUUAAGCAUAUAUUUGACAUUGACAUGCUUGAGCAAACUACAAACAUAAAGCUGUACUACCUUGCUGGAAACCAUGAUAUAGGGUAUGCAGCUUUUCACUCGCGUAUGCCUGAGGUUAUCAAACGCUAUGAGAAAGCAUUUGGUGCAAGGAACUAUCAGUUUACAGCUGGGAAAGUAGAUUUCAUCACCAUCGAUGCGCAAACCUUAGAUGGGCAUCCCCAAAACAAUGUAACCCCUGCCACAUGGGAAUUUGUCAAAAAUGUCUCUAAGCAUCUGUCUUCGAAUCCAAGGGUUCUAUUGACUCAUAUUCCAUUGUAUCGACCAGAUCAAACUGCGUGCGGUUCAUAUCGCUCAUCAUCAAUUAUUAAUCAGAGAAUCAACCGUGCUGCUCAGGAUAAUGAAAUAUUAUAUCAAAACUAUAUUACUGAGAAAGGAACAAAUGACCUGCUUGACUCUAUCAAACCUGCACUGAUUCUUUCCGGGCAUGACCAUGAUCAGUGUACAGUAAACCACAAAUCCAAAUAUGGCUCCGUAAAAGAGCAUACUCUAGGGACUAUAAGCUGGCAGCAGGGAAAUUUGUUUCCAUCUUACAUGCUAUUAUCUGCAAGUAAUCUUAUCUUACCGAACGGAUCAAUGCCAGAGGAGGCAAUUUCCACCAAAGUGUGCUUUCUCCCUGUGCAGUUAUACAUUUAUAUAUGGUAUAUUUUGCUGUUUGUCAUGACCCUUCUUAUUGCCGUCCUUUGGCCCACGAAUGGGGUGCUCUUUCCACACUAUCUUGAUGGAUUUCUGAGGAAUGUAAGAGGUCUAAUUAGCUUUUCAGGAGGUGGGAAAAAACUGAAAAGUGAAGAUGAGAUAUAUGAAUAUGAGGAGAUAUGGGAUGCAGAAGGAUCGAUGCACCUCAUAAAGAAAACCUUUAACGUGUCUUCUACAUGCUCUAGCGACAGUGCUUCAGUAGAACGGGGUAAUGCUAUCAUGCGGUCAGUUGCCAGAAAACAAGAGGCAGAUACCUCAAAUCCCGCUGAUGUGACUUUACAUAUAGGAUCAGAUGCCGCAGUAAAAGCACUGCCUCGGACAAACAAAUCAAAGACAAAGAUGGUAAUUAGGAGAUUGGUGAGGACAUUGAGUAUAAUUACUAUUGUUGCAGCUUUUAACAUCCCUCUAUAUAUGAUGCUUCUUUUCAAAGAUUGGAUUGAUAAAUGAUCUACUAUGCAAAUAUGCCAGUGAUGCUGGCUUCGAUUAGGUACUUCCCAAUUAGGAUACAUAGAGACGAGACGUAAAAAUGAGCAG